CUGACGGGAUGUUGUUCCACCCGGAGCGCAUUAAUUGGAGGGCUGGGGACUUCAUUCGAUGUUGCUGUUGUCAUUGAGCAUUCCAGGGUUUAAAAUAUAAACUUUACAGAGGGGGAGUUAAGGACGGGCAGUUUGUCCUUUCACGGUCUGAGUAAAUCGGGUUUUUUUUUUAAUAUUUUUGGAGCUGGCGGAGUGUGGAUUAAAGCCGUGAGCGGAGGGCGGGCGGGGCCAUGGCCAUGGCGCUCGCCUUCAGGCUCUUCUCCCGGAGCCGGGGACUGUGGCCGGGGCAGCGCGGCUGCUGCUGCUGCCGCCGGUAUAUCAGACCACGUAUUGACAGAAGUUCAGGAUAUCAAGAAAAUAUGUUGACUUUUAGAUUGCUCACUUCGAAACAACCAAAAGGAUUUGAGAAGUAUUUCCCCAAAAAUAAACAGGCAACAGGACCAAAACCUAGUGACAUUAAAGCAAAGCCAAAAGUGUCUGGAGGAGGUACUGGAGGUGGAGCAAGAGGCACUGGUAAAAAAGGUGGGAAGAAAGAGGAUUCUGCCUGGUGGAACCGGCUACAGAAGGGAGACCUUCCAUGGGAUGAUAAGGAAUUUAGAUAUUUGGCUGUGGGAAUAGCUGGACUUUUCUCUGGAUUCGUGUAUUUCUACUACCGAGACCCUGGCAGGGAAAUCACUUGGAAGGAUUUUGUAAAUUAUUACUUAGCACGUGGUGUGGUCGAUCGCCUAGAAGUUGUCAACAAGCAGUUUGUGCGGGUGAUUUUCACUCCAGGGACUACAACUGAUACUAGCUGCGUAUGGUUUAAUAUAGGAAGUGUAGAUACAUUUGAGCGCAAUUUGGAAAAUGUGCAACAGGAAUUAGGAAUAGAACCAGCAAAUCGUGCAGCUGUGGUGUACAACACUGAGAGUGAUGGCUCGUUCAUGCUAAGCAUGUUCCCCACACUGUUACUCAUCGGCUUUUUGCUCUAUACACUGCGGCGAGGGUCAAUGGCAGCGGGCCGUGGGGGGCGAAGUGGUGGACUUUUCAGUGUGGGGGAAACAACAGCAAAAAUACUGAAAGAUGAGAUUGAUAUCAAAUUCAAAGAUGUUGCAGGAUGUGAAGAAGCCAAAUUAGAAAUCAUGGAGUUUGUCAACUUCCUGAAAAACCCUAAGCAGUAUCAGGAUUUGGGGGCCAAGAUCCCAAAGGGCGCUGUCCUCUCCGGACCACCAGGAACUGGGAAAACCCUAUUGGCUAAAGCGACAGCUGGGGAAGCAAAUGUUCCUUUUAUAACUGUUAAUGGAUCUGAGUUCCUGGAGAUGUUUGUUGGUGUUGGACCAGCCAGGGUGAGGGACAUGUUUGCAAUGGCACGGAAAAAUGCUCCAUGUAUUCUCUUCAUUGAUGAGAUUGAUGCUGUUGGAAGGAAACGGGGCAGAGGAAAUUUUGGUGGACAGAGCGAACAGGAGAACACCCUAAAUCAGCUACUGGUUGAAAUGGAUGGAUUUAAUACAAGCACCAAUGUUGUUGUUCUGGCAGGAACAAAUCGACCUGAUAUCCUUGACCCAGCACUGAUGAGACCUGGGCGAUUUGAUAGGCAAAUUUAUAUUGGCCCUCCUGAUAUCAAAGGACGAGCAUCAAUUUUCAAAGUUCAUCUCAGCCCGUUGAAGAUGAAUCCUAGUAUCAAUAAAGAAGCAUUGGCACGUAAGCUGGCUGCACUCACUCCUGGGUUCACAGGUGCUGACAUUGCCAAUGUAUGUAAUGAAGCUGCUCUCAUUGCUGCUCGCCAUUUAAAUGAAUCGAUCCAUGUGAAGCACUUUGAACAGGCAAUAGAACGUGUGAUUGGAGGAUUGGAGAAAAAAACACAGGUCUUGCAACCCAAUGAGAAAAAGACUGUUGCCUAUCAUGAGGCUGGGCAUGCAGUUGUUGGCUGGUUCCUGGAGCAUGCAGACCCUCUGCUCAAAGUGUCUAUUAUACCUCGUGGGAAAGGUCUUGGCUAUGCACAGUACUUGCCCAAAGAGCAGUAUCUUUACACAAAAGAGCAGCUUUUUGACCGCAUGUGCAUGAUGCUUGGCGGCCGAGUGGCCGAACAGAUAUUUUUUGAUCGCAUCACAACUGGUGCUCAGGACGACUUAAAAAAAAUCACACAGAGUGCUUAUGCCCAGAUUGUUCAAUUUGGUAUGAGUGAAAAACUUGGGCAAGUGUCCUUUGACCUUCCACGACAGGGUGAUACAAUUGUUGAAAAGCCAUACAGUGAGACCACAGCGCAGAUUAUUGAUGAAGAGGUUCGGGCUCUUAUUGGCACAGCAAACCAGAGAACCUUGACGUUAUUGAGAGAGAAGCGAUUGGAAGUUGAAAAAGUAGCCGAAAGAUUACUAGAGAAGGAAGUACUUGAUAAAAGUGACAUGAUUGAUCUUUUGGGACCACGGCCAUUUUCAGAAAAAUCCACAUAUGAAGAGUUUGUUGAAGGUACUGGCAGCUUUGAAGAGGACACCACCUUACCUGAAGGUCUGAAGGACUGGAACCUGGAGAGGGAGGAGAGUAAAGAGGAUCUGCCACAAAAUCAGUUAGCAUGAAAUAUAUUAAGCAUCCUUUCAAUUUUCUGUCAACUGGAGAGCUUAGUGCUGUCCAAAUUGAAAGGUUUACUUUGCUAAGAUAAAAUGAGAAUGACAGCACUGUUAUUUGGAACCAUUCUCAUAUAAGAUGAUCCUUGGUAAUGAGAUGUUGUAUGAUGCAGCCAUAUUUUGCAUGACUGUGUUUUGCGACUGAAUUGGAAGCAGUUUGGACAGAGUCUGCAGAAUUCCUGAAACUGGGCUGAAUCUGAUAAAGCCAUUCUCUCCCUGCCUCUCUGGAAGGAACAUGCAAUCUAUUUAUCGGCACACGACAGAACAAGAGUGAACCUAAAGGAGUGUUCAAAAGUUCCAUCAGUAAAUAGACCAAAUUUCAAUGGUUGUAAGCUGAGAAUUUCAGAAAGAUUUGAUGUUUAUGCAAGUAUGUGAGGUUUGCCUCUGAAUGCAGAAAUUCUUCACCUGUACUACAAUUGUUAAUCUUUAACUUUUGGUUUUCCUAAUUAUUCUCACUAUCUACAGAAAUGAAUUUAGCAACUUGAAUUGUUAAGCCUCCACCCCCGAAUCCACUUCAUUUUUAAUUGUGUGUGCAAGCCAAAGCUGAUGUAGGUGUCCAUAUAUUUGAAAGAAUUCACAACCCAAAAUGUAUUUCAAUGCCUCUAAAAUGCAUUUGAAACCUCCAUCAUUUAUUGCUGUUUUCCAUAUAAUAGCCUAAACAAAUACAUCCCGAUACUUAAGCACUCAAGUAAGAAUGUUGCCAUCUAUGUUGAGUAGUUAAUUUUUUCAAACUGAUCAUAUUUCAAAGAUGAUUGAUUUCCUGUUGUCAUGGACACUGCGAUGUGAUUAGCAUUUAGCUUAGAUAUUCUCUUGUGUGCAUUGUAGCUGGUCACUCCCAUAAGCAAUUUAACUUAAUGAUACUGUUACUCAGGGACAUAACAAUUAGACCCAUUUGUGACCUGAACUGGAUAUUGUGCUUUCACACUUGACUGGUGUGUUUCUUGAUUCUUUUCAACGAUGUGUUGAGAAACACUUACCGAAACAAGGCCAUCAAUGAAUCGUUAUAUUGUUUUAUUUAAAAGGCAGCAAGUGAACAUAGAGAAUGUCAGUCAGGUUCCAGUUAUUAACUCAAACCCACAUCUCUCUGCAUGAAUUGGGAACAAUAAUAAACCCUGCUACUUGACUGACUUGUUUUCUUCUGCCAUUUCUUUUCAUUCUGGGCAACUUCUUUUGCAAACAACCUUGAUCUUUUGCAUUUUAUUUUUGCAGCAGCUAGCCCUUGACCUACAACUUGCAGCCUCUUGUCUGCUUUAUAACCUGACUAGCCAAAUAUUCCUUUCUGUCUCUGCAGGGGUGUUUGAGGGGGGAGAGAAGGUGUGCAGCUGAUUUUUAUUGCCAUGGUAGGCCUGGCCUAACAGUAAAAUUAACUACUAAUUUCCCCUUGUGGCUUGAGUCUGCUUUCCUAAAGAAGAAAAAGGCUAUUUUGACUAAUUGACUUGGGAUCAGACAAUUGGCUCUUGCUGUUGUGAAUUUCACACACUGGGCCCAUCUAGUUCAAUGCAUGUGUUCAAUGCCUGCAGCAUGUGACAUUUUUUAAACCCACAUAAAUUAUUUUGUUUCCAAAAUCAACCCUUAAAGCUAACUCAAUCCCAAAGUCCUUUCUGUGAAGAAAAAAUGGUCGAAAAUCCUGAAAAGAUACCUGAUUACCUGGCUGAUCUCUGAUACAGAAUGAAUGAGUCAGAUUUAAAAUAUUGUGUGUUAUACUUCUAGCUCCAUUGUUGCCACUUAAGUGUAGUUAAUUUUAUAUGUGAUUACAAAAUUAACCUUUUUCUCCAUUCAGUAGCCUGUUUGCCUCAGAUAAAACCUUCACUUCCAUUGCUUUCUGUAUUCUUUGAAUUUUUCCUUCAUUAAAGUCAGGUAUAGGCACCGA